UUAAUUUAACUAUUUUUUUCUCAAAAAUACUUUUAGGAUGAGGUGGAAAUGAAAAUUCCAAGCUGAGUUGUAUUUGAUGACGUGGCAUCCAGGUGGGAAGUUCUCUUCUAUCUAGGAGAUGCUUCUGAUUCCCACUGCUUCUCCGCUGCUGUUUCCUAAUUCCGGCGAUGCAGUGAUUGCCGGAGCUUCCCAAAAUGAUCGCCGGCGCCAUAACGAAUGGAUCCCACGCUGCUACUGCUGCUGCUGCUCUCUCUUCCCUUCAAUCUUCAGCCCCGAUAUGGUUUCCUUCUCGUCCAUGCGGCGUUCGUCUCGAUUCCUCUCAAACUUCACGCCGCCUCCAUGUCCUUGCCAUGGCUCUUAAGCGGAGUCCUAAGCGCCUCAAGUACUCUACUCCACGCUUCACCAAGGAAGGGAGCUUGGUAUAUGUCAAAGCCGACCCAUCUGGAGAGGAUAGCUGGAAAUUAGAACCUGUUGUAGAUCUUCUACAAGAAGGGGCAGUUGGGGUUAUUCCAACGGAUACAGUGUAUGGAAUAGUUUGUGACUUGAAGAACCCCUCAGCCAUUGAACGAAUGCGAAGGAUCAAGAAUAUAGAGCCUUUAAAGCCUCUUAGCAUUUUGUGCCACUCUUUCCGGGACGUCGAUAAAUAUACUACAGGGUUUCCCCGUGGUGAUGGGCAAGGCCAUUCCAAUAUAUUUCGCAUGGUUAAGCAUUGUCUACCUGGACCAUAUACCUUCAUCUUAACUGCAAGCAAAGAACUGCCUAAACCAUGUAUAAGGUUUGGCACGACCACUGCAAAAUAUGCAUCAAGGAAGAACGUUGGUGUGCGUAUUCCUGAUGAUAUCAUAUGUCAAGCAAUACUGGAAAAAAUGGAUUCCCCAUUGAUAUCCACAAGUGUGAAAUGCCCAAAGGAAAAUGAAUGGUUGCUCGAUCCAGUUGUCAUUGCCGAUAUCUAUGGACAAGAGGGUCUGGAUUUUGUGGUGGACGGUGGAGUCAGAGUGGCAGAUCCAUCCACUGUAGUAGAUAUGACCAUCACUCCUCCAAAGAUUUUGAGGCAAGGGAAGAGGUUCGAGCAAAAACCAACCGAGGGUGUGAUGGUAUCAUAAAAGUAUUGACGAUUAGCAAAUGGUUUAAAGUUAAGGCUGAUGGUGUUGUGAGGAUAUUUGAUGGCACACGAAAUAUGGUGACAUGGCAAAAAGAAGAUACUCCUUGUUGCACAGGAUCCUGUCAAGCGCGAGGGUGUGAUGUGUCUCUUCCUCAUCCUGCCAUGUGUUCGUUCCUACAUGUCGGUACCGUGUUUGCCCAAUGCACUUACUCAAGUUAGAGAUGGCCAGAUGGGGUCUGACUAUCAGGUUCAACUUAAGAUUUGUUGCUUACAUUUCCUAAUAAGCUUCCUGGCAUUUACAUGGGGUGAAGUAAUCAUGGCAUCUAGCAUAUCACUUCAGCCGCUCGGUCUCUUGAAAUUAGAUGUUCUGGUAAAAUACAUUUUUGGUUAUGAGAUUUGGAGCUAGUUACUAUUUUGGUCCCUGAAUUUAAAAAACCAUCAUUUUUUGGUCACUGACAUUUAAGUUUAGUUUCAAUUUAGUCCUUGAAGUUUCUAAAGUGACAUGUGUAGUCCCUGAAGUUUGAGUUUGAAUUCUAAUUGGUCCCUGAGUUAAGUUGAUCGUUAGU